UAAUUACAAAUUUGAAACUGUCCAACUUGACUGGUAUUGUAUCUCGCAUCACUGCCAUGAACCAAGAUGGCAGCAGAAGCUUCAGCUCCUUAGGGAAACCUCAGCCAUCAUCUUUCUUAAGAGCACCGCUGCAUGCGCAACCGCAGAACAAGGUCAAUGCUACACUCUCUUUUUUGAGGCAGUUAUCAGAAACUAGCUGCUCCAAUGAAGAAAGAAUGUACUGAAAUGAGGUCGUGAAGGAGGAGAGAUCAUGGUGCAGAAGAAGAGGAGCUGUCCUCGCUUACUCGAUUACCUUGUGAUUAUUGGGGCCAGGCAACCAAGCAGUGAUAGUGUGGCACAGACACCUGAACUACUGCGCCGAUACCCUCUAGAAGAUCACAGUGAUUUCCCACUUCCUCCUGAUGUAGUGUUCUUCUGCCAGCCAGAGGGAUGUUUAAGUGUGCGGCAGAAGCGGAUGAGCUUGCGAGAUGAUACUUCCUUUGUCUUUACACUCACUGAUAAAGAUACAGGUGUCACUCGCUAUGGGAUAUGUGUCAACUUCUACCGUUCUUUCCAGAAACGUAUGCCCAAGGAGAAGGGAGAAGGCAGUGGUGGGCAUCAUGUCAGAGAUGGGCAGAAAGCACUCAAAUCUGGGGAUAUUUCUGCUACCCAAGAAGAGAGGGGUACUGAGAGUUCAGAGAGUGGUGGUUCUCUGCAGCCACCGAGCUCAGAGUCUGUCCCAAAUGUUAUUCGAUCAACUUGGAGUAAACCUUCAGCAAAAGUCACUCACCGUUCUCGUAACAGCACUCUGACCUCACUUUGCAUCAUUAGUCACUAUCCCUUUUUCUCUACUUUUCGUGAAUGUCUGUAUACCCUGAAGAAAUUGGUAGACUGCUGCAGUGAGAGACUCUUGGGCAAGAAGCUGGGGAUCCCUCGAGGAGUGCAGAGGGAUACAACGUGGCGGAUUUUCACUGGCUCACUUCUAGUGGAGGAGAAGUCUAGUGCAUUGCUACAUGAUUUGCGUGAAAUUGAGGCCUGGAUUUACCGACUACUUCGCUCACCUGUGCCUGUUGCUGGCCAGAAACGUGUGGAUGUGGAAGUCUUACCACAUGAAUUGCAGCCAGCCUUGACAUUUGCCCUUCCUGACCCAUCCCGCUUCUCUCUGGUGGAUUUCCCUUUGCAUCUGCCCCUGGAGCUGUUAGGAGUGGAUGCAUGUUUGCAGGUGCUGUCCUGCGUUCUUCUUGAACAUAAGGUAGUGUUGCAGUCCCGGGACUAUAAUGCUCUCUCCAUGUCUGUGAUGGCAUUUGUGGCUAUGAUCUACCCACUGGAGUACAUGUUCCCAGUGAUUCCACUCCUCCCUACCUGUAUGGCUUCUGCAGAGCAGCUACUUCUGGCUCCAACACCCUAUAUCAUUGGAGUCCCAGCCAGUUUCUUCCUUUACAAACUAGACUUUAAAAUGCCAGAUGAUGUAUGGCUAGUUGAUCUGGAUACUAAUAAGGUGAUUGUUCCUACAAAUGCUGAAUUGUUGCCCAUUUUGCCAGAACCAGAAGCUUUAGAAUUGAAAAAGCACUUAAAACAGUGUCUGGUUAGCAUGACUGCAAUCACUCAGCAACAGCUGCUCACCCCUGACAAAAAGGCUUUGGCCAGUAUGAGUUUGAAUACGCAGCCCAUCCCUAACCUAGAGAAGUUUCAUGAAAGCCAGGAGAUCCCACUGCUUCUGGGAAGACUACAGAAUGACCUGCAGUCCACACCUUCUACAGAGUUCAACCCCCUGAUCUAUGGCAAUGAUGUAGACUCGGUGGAUGUGGCCACUAGGGUUGCCAUGGUGAGAUUCUUCAAUUCCUCAAAUGUUUUACAAGGAUUCCAGAUGCACACUCGCACACUUCGUCUCUUCCCCCGGCCAGUGGUUGCAUUUCAGGCCAAUUCCUUCCUUGCCUCACGACCAAAACAGACACCAUUUGCAGAUAAAUUGUCCAAGACGCAGGCGGUGGAAUACUUUGGGGAAUGGUCACUCAACCCCACUAAUUAUGCUUUCCAAAGAAUUCACAACAACAUGUUUGACCCAGCUCUGAUUGGUGAUAAGCCAAAGUGGUAUGCUCAUCAAUUGCAACCAAUCCAUUACCGUGUCUAUGACAGCAAUUCUCAUCUAGCUGAAGCACUGAGUGUCCCGAUAGAGAGAGAAACAGAUUCUGAUCCUACUGAUGAUAGUGGUAGUGACAGUGUGGACUACGAUGACUCCAGCUCUUCAUAUUCAUCUCUUGGUGACUUUGUUAGCGAAAUGAUGAAAUGCGACAUCAAUGGUGACACUCCAAAUGUUGAUCCACUAACCCACGCAGCUUUGGGUGAUGCAAGCGAAGUGGAAUUUGAUGACUUUCAGGAGUAUUCGGGCGAUAUGGAUGAACAAGCCCCUGAUAGUGAAAACUCACAAGACAAUAAUCAGCCUCGGUCAAGUUCAAGCACUACAGCCAGUAGUAGCCCCAGCACUGUCAUCCAUGGGGUGAAUCAUGAGUCAGCUGAAUCAGCAGAAUUGGAGGAGAAGAUGGUAGCUGGAUUUUCAAAUCACCUUUCCAGUUUGCCUUUACAACCAAACUUUCCUAAAAUGGGUUUGGAACGCCGUGAGAAUGAGAGUUCUGCAAACAAUUUGAGCUCUGUGGAUGGAAUGGUGAAGAAAAGAGAGUAUGAUAACCCAUACUUUGAACCACAGUAUGGGUUCCCAGGAGAGGAAGAGGAGGAUGAACAGGAAGAAAGCUAUACACCGAAGUUCAAUCAGAACCUCAAUGGCAAUCGACCUCUGAAGCCUCUGCGUCCCAACAGUUUAAAGCUAGGCAAUGAGUCUGAUGCGGAAUCGGAUUCCCAUGCCAGUUCCCCAAAUUCUACAAUCUCCAACAACAGCAGUGAAGGUUUUGGGGGCAUUAUGUCUUUUGCCAGUAGCCUAUACAAGAACCACAGCACAAGCUUUAGUCUGUCCAAUUUAGCACUUCCAACCAAAGCUGGGAGAGACAAAAACACUCCAUUUCCUAGCCUGAAAGGAAACAGGCGAGCACUUGUGGAUCAAAAGUCUUCUGUUAUAAAGCACAGCCCAACAGUGAAAAGGGAGUCUCCUUCACCACAGGGGCGAACUAAUAAUUCCAGUGAGAACCAGCAGUUCUUGAAAGAGGUAGUGCACAAUGUCCUAGAUGGACAAGGAGUUGGUUGGUUGAACAUGAAGAGAGUCCGUCGGCUCCUGGAGAGUGAGCAACUUCGUGUCUUUGUAUUAAGCAAGCUUAAUCGCACUAUCCAGUCAGAGGAGGAUGCACGACAGGAUGUCGUCCAAGAUGUGGAAAUCAACCGCAAGGUUUAUAAAGGGAUGCUGGAUUUGCUGAAAUGUACUGUGUCAAGCCUUGAGCAGUCGUAUGCAAAUGCUGGACUUGGGGGCAUGGCAAGUGUCUUUGGUCUACUGGAAAUAGCUUAUACACACUACUAUAACAAAGAGCCAGAUAAAAGAAAACGAAGCCCAACAGAUGGAGCAAUCACUCCGGUUGGCAAGGACCCUAUGAUAGCCAUGAAGGUGGAACUGAAAUCCAAGGUGCAGCUGCCAGUACCCCAGCUCAUGCCAAGGGCACCAAGCCCCGCAGGGAAAGGGCCAAGCGAGUUUGACACAAGGAGUCUAAAGGAGGAAAAUUUUGUAGCUUCUAUUGAAUUGUGGAACAAGCACCAUGAAGUGACAAAGCAAAAAGCUUUGGAAAAACUGAGGUCAGAAGGUACAAAACACUUUUUUGAUCUGGGUGAGACAGAUGAGAAAAAAUCCCAGAUCAGUGCAGACAGUGGAUUAAGCUUAACCUCUAGCUCUCAGAAGAGUGAUCUGGAUUCUGUGGCAAGUGUGGGACCUGCUGUUAUCAUCCGAAGCACCAGCCAAGAUUCUGAAGUUAGCACAGUGGUGAGCAACAGCUCUGGAGAAACGUUAGGAGCAGAUAGUGAUCUGAGCAGCAAUACUGGUGAUGGCCUUUGUGGAGAAAGUGGUGGAAAUCUGACAGGAUCACGAGGCACUGUAUCAGACAGUGAAAUUGAGACAAAUUCAGCAACUAGCUCUAUCUUUGGUAAAUCUCAUCACUUGAAGCAGACAAUGAAAGACGCUAAAUGCAGCAGUCCUGGGAGAGCUCCAGAAGAUGCAAGCCUACGCGUUUAUCUCUAUGAGGGUCUUUUGGGGAGGGAUAAAGGAUCUGUCUGGGACCAGUUAGAGGAUGCUGCCAUGGAAACCUUCUCUAUGAGCAAAGAGCGCUCAACUCUGUGGGACCAGAUGCAGUUCUGGGAAGAUGCUUUUCUAGAUGCUGUGAUGUUAGAAAGAGAAGGAAUGGGAAUGGACCAGGGGCCUCAAGAGAUGAUUGACAGGUAUUUUUCUCUAGGAGAACAUGACCGGAAGCGUUUAGAAGACGAUGAAGACCGCUUAUUGGCUACGCUGCUUCACAAUAUGAUAGCCUUCAUGCUUAUGUUGAAGGUGAACAAGAAUGAUAUUAGGAAGAAAGUGCGCCGCUUGAUGGGAAAAUCUCACAUUGGCCUAGUGCAUAGUCAAGAAAUAAAUGAAAUACUUGACAAAAUUGCCAAUAUAAAUGGCAGGGAGUUCCAACUCCGACCCAGUGGAAGUAGACAUAUAAAGAAACAAACAUUUGUUGUACAUGCUGGGACAGAUACAACAGGGGACAUCUUCUUCAUGGAGGUAUGUGAUGACUGUAUUGUGCUGAGGAGUAACAUUGGCACAGUGUAUGAACGCUGGUGGUAUGAGAAACUCAUCAACAUGACAUACUGUCCCAAAACUAAAGUGCUUUGUCUCUGGAGGAGGAAUGGCCAGGAGACACAAUUGAAUAAGUUCUACACCAAAAAGUGCCGGGAAUUAUAUUAUUGUGUAAAAGACAGUAUGGAGCGAGCAGCUGCAAGACAACAAAGCAUAAAGCCAGGCCCUGAACUGGGUGGGGAAUUCCCAGUGCAGGAUAUGAAAACUGGUGAAGGAGGGCUUCUCCAAGUCACACUGGAAGGAAUUAACCUGAAAUUCAUGCACAGUCAGGUUUUCAUAGAGCUGAAUCACAUUAAAAAGUGCAAUACAGUGCGAGGAGUCUUUGUCCUGGAAGAAUUUGUUCCUGAAACUAAAGAAGUGGUGAGCCACAAGUACAAGACACCAAUGGCCCAUGAGAUCUGCUACUCUGUAUUGUGUCUUUUCUCUUAUGUGGCUGCAGUUCGUGGGAAAGAGGCAGAAAGCAAAAGCAAACCACCUCGUCCAGUGUCCAGCUGAUGAACAUAAUCACGGGGAAAUGCAUUGGCCAGUAAUGUUCCCCUUUCUAUUGCUGUUACUGGAGGUCAUGUAACCAUCUCUAAUGAAAACUUGUUUGUUUAUCCAUGGCCCUGCAAGUCCCCUUUACAAAAGUCAGACUUUCAGUCAUGCCCUGAAGCUGUUCUUCUCCAGUAUUUCUUGGCAUCCCUUCUAGAACUAAGUGUGGCUUGCUCUGGCCAAACAUUUUGGAUUUAGCUUUCUCAGACAAUUUGCUCACAUGAGGUUCAGCUCUUUUUAUUUUACAGUGGUACCAUUGUUUGGUGUUUUCUUUAUUUGUCGAAUCAAGCCUCUGUUUUCAGGUUUUCAGUUAAGUACACAAUGAAAGCACCUCAGUGUUGCCUGAAUCACCCAUUAUUGCUGCUGUUAAAGUGUUCUACUGUUCAUUAUUUUGUUCCUUGCUCUCCAUACUUAAAGUCAACAUGGAAUGCCUGUCACAUGACCCUCUUUUCAUCCUUAAGCUACUCCAACCCAUUUUACAGAAAGGUAUGGUUCUUUUCAAGUGGAAACAAAAUUAUACAUAUGUCCAGUCAUUAUUUCUUCAGAGGAAUGGCUGGAAAUCAUGGCACAGGAGAGAUUAGGCAGACUUUUUAAGGCCAGUAUGCAUGUACUGUACAUACUCUUUUAACCAGGAGACUGACAUUUUGCUAACGUUCCAGUUCAGUUCACUAUGCUCAUAGUGAUAGAUAGAAUUCUUCAUGGUAAAUGCAUAGAAUAAACUGAAGAAAGGUAAUCCCCCACCAAAAUCAAAACAGUGCUAUUGGUUAAAACAUUACGUACUCAUCAUGUGAAGCUUCAUUAUUUAGAGCAAACUAUAAUUCUGUUGUAUAUUGUUGGAAACACAUCAGAUCAUAAAAUGGUUGUGAGGAUGCAGAAGUUGGCAAUAGCACUGUAUAUCCCCAUUCCAGGUCUCAUUUUAGCCACUGCUUCUGUCAAACUGUACAUGUAUGUUGAAGAAUUUUGCAAAAACCGUGCUACUGUGCAAUGAAGCUUCCCUCCCAGGUAAAGUACCAUUUGAUUCUUUAUUUUUAAGUAAGCUGAAAAAAUGGAUGUGUAAAAUGUGUUUUAUUUUUUCUUGGACUAUACUGGACUUUAAUGCUAACAUGCACCAGGGCACUUGAAGUAGAGGAUCUACAGUAUAUAAUGAACUGUAGAACAUCUGACAGACUUCCCUGACUCAUGUUGGAUAUGAGUUGAUAAGAUUAUUGGCAAUAUGCCUUCAGAAAUAAUUGGGCUUGCUCCAUGCAGCUUGAUCUGUGUGGCUGUUGAAUGGACUGCAUUAUGAAUGAGUUGCCAGAGUGGGGGAGAUGUACAUAUUUCAGUACCACAUCUAUUUAUAGAAAAGUGUACAGUUGUGUGAAUGUGAAAAUAAACUACCAUUAAACUACGAUUGACUCUUCCAGUUUGAACUGUAUUAGUGUUGCUUACUGUAUGGAUGAUUUAAAUUUCAAAUAAAACUAAAACAUGUGACUGCGGAGGCUCUAUAUAAUAGAUUUAUAUAAUAAUAUUAGUCUUAGUUCCCAGAGUGUUGGUCCUUAUGUAGCCAAAACAGCACCCUCCAUGUGCAAAGAGGAGGUAUAAGCAAGCUUGGGAGAACUCAAAGAUUUGCAGAAGUUAAACAAAAAAACUUUAGGGGGGGAAAACUGAACAACCCAAUGAGGUUGAGCAAGCUAAGAGGGCCUGGAAUGUUUCCAUGCCUUUUUUGAAGUGAACAGGAAUAAAACUGGUGGGAAGAAGGGAAAUGGAAUGGAGUGUCUAGAAUUCUGAACAGAAGCACUCUGUAUUGCAACAUUAUGUUGGAGGUCUCAGUUGUAUAAAGUAAUUUAAUUGUUAACUCAGUAGCUAAAAGUAUAGGCAAAGCUGGCAAAUAUUUCAUACACACAUAUUCCAUAUAAUACACUCGGUAUAAUUUUGUAUUAUUUUAUAUUUUGAGUAACAAUUUGAAUAAUGUAUUCUGUUGGCAUUUGGGGAGUUUUACAGAAUUUUAGAACUAACUGGGAUUGUGAAAAACCAUGAGGUGAGGACAGGUGGAAAAGAUGGGUGCAGGGAACAAAAGCCAUGGUGGGUGUAAAGAGAGUCUGUGGAUGAUGUUGAGAUGGUUUGGAGUUGACUUUGUCUACGUACUGUCAAACAUUGAUUUGUCUUUCAAGUAAAUCCUGAAAUAGCUCCAAAGCAAAAUUGUUUCAGAUUUUCCUUUUGGUCUAUUGUGAAAUAAAGGGUACCAACAGCUGUGCUUCUUAGUUUGAACAUCUAAGGUAAAGGUAAAGGUGUCCCUGCACUUAUAGUGUGAGUUGUUUCCGACUCUUAGGGUGAUGUCUUGCGACGUUUACUAGGCAGACCGUAUAUAAGGGGUGGGAUUGCCAGUUCCUUCCCCGGCCUUUCUUUACCCCCCAGCAUAUGCCGGGUACUCAUUUUACCAACCACGGAUGAAUGGAAGGC